UUACGAUCGAAUCGCUUACGAUCAACUACUAAUAUCAAUUUUUUUAAUAAUUUCGGUAACCAGAAAAAAUUUUAGUGCUCGAAAAUUGUUAGUUUUUAUGGCAAGUGCAGGAUUGAAAAGAACUGAUUCCGGUGGGUACGAGGUUUUCUUGGAAUAUAAACAGCCGAAUAUAAUGAAUUGCGUGGAAAUCGCCGCCACUUUGGGCUCGAUCAUCUUGCUCAUCGUCACCCUGCCGUUCUCUUUGUUUUGGUGCUUCAAGGUCGUGCAGGAAUACGAAAGGGCCGUUAUAUUCCGGCUGGGACGAGUGCGAAAAGGGGGCGCCCGAGGACCGGGGAUAUUUUUUGUACUACCCUGUUUGGAUAGCUACGCCAAAGUGGAUUUGAGGACGAUCUCAUUCGACGUCCCACCGCAAGAGGCCCUAACAAAAGAUUCCGUAACGGUAACAGUAGACGCCGUGGUAUAUUACCGAAUCCAAGACCCGCUCAACGCCGUCGUGAAAGUCACAAAUUACAGCAACUCGACCAGGCUGCUGGCCAUGACGACGCUGCGCAACAUCCUCGGCACGAAGAGCCUGGCCGAGAUCCUCUCCGACCGGGAGGCCAUCUCGCACGCCAUGCAAACCUCGCUGGACGUCGCGACGGACCCGUGGGGCGUCAAGGUGGAACGGGUGGAGAUAAAGGACGUGAGCCUGCCGCAGCAGCUCCAAAGAGCCAUGGCGGCCGAAGCGGAGGCUUCCAGAGAGGCCAGAGCCAAAGUCGUCGCGGCCGAGGGCGAGAUGAAAGCUUCGAGGGCUCUGAGGGAGGCUUCCGAUGUUAUUAACGAAAGUCCUGUCGCUUUACAGCUGAGAUAUUUGCAAACAUUGAGUACGAUUUCGGCGGAGAAGAAUUCUACUAUAGUGUUCCCGUUACCUAUCGAUUUGAUCAGUUAUUUUAUGAACAAGUUUUCUAAUCAAACUGAUAACGAUAGGUCGAAUAAGGCGGCUUCCAGAGUGUCAAAUGCUUGAGAUGUUUAAACGAAAAUUGCAUUGUCUCGCUCCUCCGCCAAAAUUUGUAAAGCUUUUGUGUUUGUAUCAUCCAAUAAAGUUGCGGUAC